AGGCUGAACCGCUUCCACUUGCGUCCUGUGUUUCCCGGCAGGCCUUGCGGCGCCUCAGUGUUUGGCCCGUGUGCUGCUUCCCCCUCGCCUGGUAGUAACCGGAGCUGCGUCACGAUCGCUCCCGGAGCCCGGGACAGGCGGCGGCAGCAGCAGAGGUGGCCGCAGUGGUGGAAGAAGAAGAAAAAGAGGAGGAGGGGGAAGGAGGAGCCGAGGCGGCAGCUGCCUGGUAGGAAGGCGGCUGGAGACGGCGGGCGGCAUCGCCGUGCUCGGGUGCUCGCUCGGUCCGCGGCACUGGGAGACGCCGCUGAGCUCCCAGUAGCGGCCGCCAGAUACACAGCGGUCACGGCCCGGGACUCUGGUGCAGGCGGCUUAGGCCGCCGCAAUCAAAGGAAAAUCGGAAAGAAAAAAAACAAGAUGUCAAAAAUCCGACGGAAGGUCACAGUAGAGAAUACCAAGACCAUAUCGGAUAGCACAUCACGUAGACCAAGUGUUUUUGAAAGACUUGGACCUAGCACAGGAAAUAGUGCAGAGACUCAGUGUCGUAACUGGAUGAAAACUGGUAACUGUGUGUAUGGUAAUACUUGUAGAUAUAUUCAUGGCCCAUCUCCAAGGGGGAAAGGUUAUAGCAGUACUUAUAGACGGUCACCAGAACGACCCACUAUAGACUUGCGUGAUAGAAUGAAAAAUAAGCGCCAGGAGGUAGAUUCAGAGCCACCGAAACGUACAGCUGAAGAACAAACUUCUCCUUCCAGGAAAGAGUCCUCCAGGGGAAGACACAGAGAAAAGGAAGAUAUUAAAAUUACUAAGGAAAGAACUCCAGAAAGUGACGAAGAGGCUGCUGAAUGGGACGCUGCUAGAGACGAUUCAGAAAAUGGUGAUGUUAAUUAUGACUAUGACCAUGAAUUGUCUUUGGAAAUGAAACGUCAGAAGAUACAACGCGAGUUAAUGAAAUUGGAGCAAGAAAACAUGGAAAAACGUGAAGAGAUCGUAAUUAAAAAAGAGAUUUCACCUGAAGUUAUAGCCAAAAUGUCUCCAUCUCCAAGAAAAUCCAGCAAGUCUCCUAAACGGAAGUCCAGUCCAAAAGCUGGCAAUCCUACAAGCAAAAAAGAAAAGAAGUUGGCGGCAGGAACAUCACCACCUCCAUCUGAACUACCAGUGAGACAUUCCAAAGUAGCACAAAGCAAGAAGAAAGGACCUCGCACCCCAAGUCCUCCACCACCCACUCAAGAAGAAGUUUCUCUCUCAAAGAAGCACAAAGAUAAGCAUAAAGCGAAGGAACGCAUUGAGGAACGAGGAAAAGAUGGAAAGGAAAGAGGCAGAGAGGUUGAAAAACACAGAGACAAAAAAGACAGACAGAGGGACCUGUCUGAGAGCUCUCACAGGCAGAAGCGGUCACCAAGUCCAGCUGAACGCUCUCGCAGCAAUUCUUCCCAUUCAAGAGAGUAUUCACCUGUUCCUUCGAGGAGACGACAUACAUCUUCACCAAUGCCUGUGAAAUCCUCUUCUCAUAAACAUAUCUCCCCUUCCCGCAGGUCUGUUUCUCCUGCACGCCAUCAUUCACCCGUAUCCUCAAGACACCACUCUCCAUCUUCACAGUCAGGCUCCUCUGUUCAGAGACAUUCUCCUUCUCCUCGUCGUCGCAGGUCUCCAUCCCCUCACUAUCAUAGAGCCUCCUCACCAUCCGCCAGACGCUCGUCUUCCUCUCCAUAUGCUACCCAUACCUCAUCGCCACAGAGGAGGAGGAGUCCAUCCAAACAUCGAUCCCCAGUCAGGGAAAAAGGAAGGCAUGAAAGAGAGAGAGCAUCAGCUUCCCAAGACAGACGUAGAGACAGGAGGGAUGAUAGCAGAGGAAGAAAGGAUAAGGAAAGAGAACGAGAUGAUCGGGAGCCAAGUGGGUCCAGAGACCACAGAGAUGAAAGAGAAUCUCGUGACGGCCGUGAUCGUAGAGACAUCAGAGAUAACCGUGACAGGAGAGAGACAAGGGACACCAGGGAGGGCCGUGAGGCUAGAGAUAGUCGUGACUAUAGAGACACUAAAGAAAACAGAGAGCAGAAGGAUUCACGUUCUGCCCGUGACACUCAUGAUUAUAGAGAGAGAGACAACCGUGAAUCCCACCGGAAAGAUGAUCAGUAUGAUGAACGCAGCUACAGAAGAAGUCACGGGAAAGACGAAGCGUCAAGAUCUGAUACAAGAAAUGAUAGGAAUGAUAACCGUAAUGAAUCAAGAAGUGAGGCCAGGAAUGAUCGGAAUGGCCGAGCGCGUGGACGUGCACCAGACCCCCCUGAAAAAGGUGGUCGGGGGGCUAGAAGUUCUCAGGUGGAUAGCCACAGCAGCAGCAGUUACCAUGACAACUGGGAUUCAAGGAGUAGUUAUACAGAACGUGAAAGAUACGACAACCGUGAACAGGGUAGAGAUUCUUCAUUUGAUCGUAGACAUGGGGACCGAGAACGACGUGAACGGGAUAGAGAUCAAAGGGUGACAUCUCCUGCACCGCAUCGGGGAAGGAAUGAUGAUGAACGAGAAGAAAGAAGAGAUGAUCGUAGAGUGGACAGAUCAGAUGAUAGGAGAGAUGACAGGGCCAGAGAGCGUGAGCGUGAACGUGAAAGGGAGCGCGAGAGAGAGCGGGAAAGAGAGCGAGAAAAGGAGCGGGAGACUGAAAGGGAGAGGGCUCGUGAGCGGGAGAGAGAAAAAGAAAGGGAGCGAGAGCGGGAAAGAGAGCGUGAAAGGGAAAGAGAGCGAGAGGAGCGGGAGAGAGAAAGAGAGCGUGAAAGGGAACGAGAGCGAGAGCGCGAAAGGAACCAUGAGAGGGACCGUGAGCGAGGCAGGGAAAGAGAGAGAGAACGCCCUAGAGACUGGGACGAAAAAGAUAAAGGAAGAGAAGAUCGUAGAGACAAAAGGGAUGAUGUGCGGGAUGAAAGAAAUCUAAAAGAGCUGCAUGAUGAUAGAAAAGCUAAGAAACGACAUAGAAAUGAUAACAGUCCUAGCCCACGCCAGUCCCCGAAGCGACGAAGAGAGCAUUCCCCAGAGAGCGACGCUUAUAACAGUGGUGACGAGAAGAAUGAGAAGCACAGACUUCUAAGUCAAGUUGUCAGACCUCAAGAAACACGCUCUCUUAGUCCCACGCUUGUUACAGAGGAAAGGUCUUCUCGUUGGAAGGAGGAGGACCGUAAACCUGACAGGAAGGAGGGAUCCAGGCGUUAUGAGGAGAUAGAGACUAAAGAGCGGGUAUCUGCUACUGAAAAACAGAGGGAACACUCAAUAGAUACUGAAAGUCUGAAGACCAAAGAGACAGAGAGCACUGUACAGCAUAAGACAGAAGAAAGAGAGGUUACUGAGAAACUACAUGAAGAUAAAGCCAAGAAGAAAACUCUAAAGAAAGCUGCAAAGAAAAAGAAAGAGGAAGAAUCUGCAGUAGAAAAAAUUGCAACAGAACCUCCACCAGAGGAAGCUAAAGUAUUUUCCCCCAAGAAGGGCCAAAAAAAGAAAAAUUUGGAGAAAAAGCGAAAGAAAGGCGAAUCUGAUAUCUCUGAUGAAGAAAUUGUCCAGCCCGCCAAGAAGAAAAAGGGGCCUAGAACACCCCCAGUUACAGUUGCGCCAGUCACAGCCCCGGCAGUUACCAAGGAGGAAGUUGUUCCAGAGGUGACCCCAGACAAGAUGGCUGUUGAAACAGUCCAAUCAAAAGAUUCCACAUUCAGUGACUGGUCAGAUGAGGAUGUUCCUGAAAGAACAGAAUCUUCACUUCCUGACAGAACUAUAGAAGAACCCAUCAAAAAGCCGACCAAGAGUAAACAUGAGAAAGAUGAUCCGCGACCACCAUGUGUGGAAGAACCUCCAGCUCGCAAGUCCACUGAGCAGAAACGUAGCAGUAGUAUAUCCAGUAACCAGAGCCGUACAUCAAGCCGUCUACGCUCACCGUCCAUUGACUCUGUCCACCGCGGUGGGGAUGACCAGGCUGUUAGGAGGAGACUAUUGCAUGGCACUGCUAAAGAUCCAGAUAGAAGCAUCGAACCUUCUGGAGAGCGAAAAUCCAGAAUUGAUCAACUGAAAAGGGGAGAGCCGAGCCGCAGCACUUCUUCAGGACACCCAGUCGGCAUGCAGCCACACAUCUCAACACGGCAUACAGAUCAAAGGGACUCCAGAAGUCACAGUUCGAGAAGGAGUUCACCUGAGUCUGACCGUCAAGUUAAUUCCAGGUCCGGGUCAUUUGACAGCCGAGAGAGAGCACCUGAAAGAGAGAGAUACGAACAUGAUCGGGACAGAGACAGAGAAAAGGAAAGGGACCGUGUGGACAGGCGGGAUAUGAGACCGAGAGACUGGGACAGAGAAUCUGAUAAGGACUGGCCACGAAAUAGAGAGCGAGAGCGGCUGCGAGAAAGAGACCGGAGGAGAGACUUUGAAAGAGACAGGGAGAAAUUAAUUCCUGACAAUACAGAGAAAGAGAGAGCUCGAGUCCUUGAUGCCCCCUCUUUAGCAGAUCAAAAACGUAGUGACCCAAAGGAGAGAGAUGGUGAAAAAAGUUACGAGGCCACAAGUCGGAACACAGCUGUUCUGGAGAAGGCAGAAAAAGAUACGGAAAACCUCCAAGAUAUUGUCAGUAGUCGCAAAUCAGAAAAAGUGGAGAGUUUUGAUGGCGCUGAAGAGGAGUUUUCCAAGCUCGAUGAUGAUCAGUCUGGGGACUCUGUGGCUGGAGAAGAAUAUGAGCCCAUCAGUGAUGGAGAGCUGGAAGAGAUUCUAGCUGAUGAUGCUGAGAAGAAGGAAGACCAGCAUGAGGAUGAAAAGACAUCUGAUCUUUUGGAUGUGAUUGAUGUUGACUGGUCCAGUUUGAUGCCCAAGCAGCCAAAGGAGCCUCGAGAAUCCGGUGCAGCUUUGUUAAAAUUCACUCCUGCCGCAGUUUUGCUGCGUGUUGGCAUCUCCAAACAAUUAGCAGGACCAGAUCUGUUCAACAGGGUUAAAGACACUUGCCAACAAGCAAUAGAAAAGCCUAAUGAAGCUGAAAACCUAUUUGAACAUGAUCAGGGAGCACUGAAUAUGUCCGCACUGUUAAGGAGGCAACAGCGAGCCGGCUUACUAAGUAAUCUUGGACCAUGUUGUAAAGCUCUGUGUUCUAGACGGGACCUGCAAAUUCGGAAGCAGCUUGUACAAAAUGAGAAGGGCACUGUGAAACAGACGUAUUCAAAUCCUCCUUUGGUUGACAGUGAACUUCUAAGGCUGAGCUUGCGUCUUUUCAGAAGAAGGGCUGGCUUAAGUCAGGAUAAGACUGAGGACUGCAAACUUUCUGCCGUGAAUAAGCAGCCUGAAGUUUUUGUUUCAUAAAGACUGAUUCUAAUCUACUAUAAAAUUGUUGCAAGGAACUGUAUUGCUACAUUAUUUUUUUUUCUUGAACUUUGGCUGUUUUAUGUAUAGUAAAAGUAUACAUGUUUUUAUGAUGGUUUUUUUUUUUUAAUACAAAAUGUUGACACCAGUUACUUGUAGAUGAUUGCAUAUUUUGUAUACUCCAUCUACUUUAAGGUCCUUGUGUAAACUGUACAUAUGGUUGAGAGCACCUUUUCUGUAGAUCCCAGUCCUGUAUGCGUUUUUGCCUUUGUAACAUUUUACAUAUCCAUGAUGUAAAAUAGUACGACUGGUGUUGCACUGGAAAAAAAAUGAUAUUCUUUUACAUUCAGGCAUUAUGUAAAUUGGUAUAAACUGUUUUUAUUUUUGGUCACUGACCUUAUGGAGCUUUAAUUUUCCCUGGAACUCCACAUGUAUAGUUGUGUGGCCACUGCAGGGGCAAAACAUGAGCAGUGAGCGCUUGCACCAUGCGUGAGAACCAGGACUUCAGAAUAUAAUGGUCACAUUGCCAUUCUCUGCUGCUGUUCUGCCGGAGUGCAGCCUUUUGAGGGAUUCUCUACAUAAUUAUCGUAUUAUCGAUACCUCUAUAGAAUGGGUCAUUCACCUUUUUUGUACAAGACAAAUAUACUGUAGUCUACAUCUUUAGAGAUGUU